AAAUAGUGUCUUUGCAGUAAUCUUUUUCUUUGCAGUGGGAUUGAUGGAGUUUGCAGAAUAUCGCCAACCGUGGGAAACGGGUCCCCAUUGGGAGCUGAAAAGGGAGUUUCUGGAGUUCUACAAGGAUAACUUUACUGAAGAAAGGCUACUGUGCUUAGCUCAAGCAUAUUCAAAUAUUGAAUUGCUACACUGCAGUUAUCCAGCCCAAGUGAUGCUUCAGAUUCAUGAAUUGUCUAAACCCUUGCAGGGAUGUAAGAGAUUUAGAGGGAAUGGAAAUGAUCAAUCAAAUCAUCAGAAUACUGAGAAGCAACAAAGGAAAAGAAAAAGUAAUGAACCUGCUUCUUCUCAAAAGUUUAAGUUUAUAAAAUUUUGUACUGGAAGCGACAAUUCGGAAAAGCAAGAAACAAAUCAAUCAAAUCAUGACCCACUUUUAGCUAGUUUCAGUAGCAUAGAUUAUGAAUCAAUAACUAACUCAGAAAAUUUUAACAUUUUUAAAAAAUUAUCUGAAGAAGUUAAAAAAAUUCUGGAAUACUCAAAGGAAAAUCCAUAUGAUAUAAUUUUAUCAGCUGCACUUCAUUCAAAUGUUGAAAGUUUAAUUGAUUUAAAAUUUACAAAUGAAACAACGGAAGAUGCUAACGUCCCAUCAAACAUGUAUUAUUGUGAAUUUUUUAUUGGUAUGACCAAAAUUGCUAUCGGACAUGGGGAGAACAGGUAUGUUGCUAAAACUAAAGCUUCUGAGAAUGCUUUAUAUAUAUUAACACACCUGAAAGAAUCAUCUAAAAAAAGUGACAAUAACGUACAAGCUGAAAAAGUUAAUGAACAAGGUACAACACUUGCCCAAAAAACUUCUCUCUGCCAAUCUCAAAAAAGUAGCUCUUCUGAGUCGAAUUCAAGUGCCUCUUCUCUUGGUAAAUCAGGAAGGAAAGCAUUAAAGAAAUUUGCUUUAGAAAUAAAGAAAGAAAGUCUAAAGCCUUAUACAGCCGCGACUAUAAUUCAUAAUUGUGCUGUAAAAUUGAAAAUGUCUGAUGAUGUUACUUUUAAUAUUGUGCAAGAUCCCAAUUUUUCUAAACAUGCCACUCUAUUCCUUUGUGAUUUGUUCAUCAAAGGUACACUGAUAGGCCAAGGUGAAGCAUCAAAAAUGAAAAAAGCCAAACAAGAGGCUGCCGAAAAUGGGGUUAAAUACCUUCUAAAUUUGGCUGAUAGCAAUGACAAUGCCUCAAAUGAUUCUAAAAAAAGUGAAGAAAUGUUAAAAGAAUCAGAAACUAAUUGCCAAGAAUUAAAAAAAUUAUCUACUUUACAAAGAGAAAUGCCAAAAGACAAAAAAGUGAGCACUCUUGGUAAUUUUAAAAGUCAUGAUGAAGUUGCUUGUGCUCAUAGUGACACUAUUAAAAAGCCAUUUUUAUUAAAUAAAGAAUUAUUAAAUAAUUCCUUAAAAAAGCAGGUAAUGCUUUUUGACAGGACUGAAGAACUUGGUUUGUCUGAGAUUUUUCCUACUGCAGCUCUUGCAUUUUCAGCUCAAAUGAGUCGAAGAAUUUACUCUUACAAUUAUGUUAGUAAUGGUGAUGGAACCUUCAGAGCUGAUGUUUUAUUUGAUAAGGAAAUUUUUGGGACUGCUGUGGGUCCAAGCAGACAAGCUGCAAAAGUGGAAGCUGCAAAAAUUGCAUUUGAAAAGUUACAAAAACAAGUCUAUACCGUGAAAGUAAAACGAGGCCCAGAAGAAGGAUAUCACGUCAAUCGGGAAGAUAUGCUCAAGUUAAAGAGUGAUGCCCCUGAAGUUGUAUCUGAUGAUAAUAUUGGUUGUAGAAUGCUGAAAAUGAUGGGUUGGUCUGGUGGUGGAAUUGGUAAAAUGAAAGGAAUUGCGGAACCCAUUCGCGCAGGCACUCAAAAUUUUGGAACAGGGCUAGGGUAUGCUGAUCUCAGUGGCAAUAUGGACAUGAGAAAUUUAAAAUCUGAAAUAGAAUCUUUGUUACAAGAGUAUAGCAAGUCUGGUGAAGUUUAUCCUCUUAUAUUCUCUAUGGAUUUCACAAAGAAUGAAAGAAAAGAGAUUCAUAGGAUUGCCCAGAAGUACAAUCUUUUUAAUAACAGUCAAGGAAAAGGUGAUUCCAGACAACUCUUUAUUAAACGCAAGACCACUGUAGCAGAGCUUUUGGACUUAAUUAUAAAGUCUGGAGGGAGCACCAAGAAAUAUGAACUUGUAGAUUUGUCUAAAUGAUUUUCAACAAAAAUUUCUGUAUUUUUAAAGUCAAUGAACAUUGUUAUUAUUUGUUA